AUGAUUAUCACUGAGGCCGCGGCAGAGUCCGCUGUCCCCGCGGUGCCCGGUGAUGCGAAAGCCACUGGAGCCCCGGAGCGCGAGCAGCUGGUGUGGCCCUGGAAAGAUGCCGCGAUACGGGCGCUGGUGCAGCGCAUCCACCAGUUGCAGGCUGAGCGCGCGCAGGCUUUCCGCCGGCUGGAGGAAGGCCACCGACAGUACCUGAGAAGCGGCCCGCCCUACGACUUUCCGCGCUACCGGAGCACAGUACACGAGGUGACCCAGGCCUUCGCCGCCGCCUCGCGGGAGGUGCUGGCGGUGGAGGCCGAGCUAGCCGGACCCCGAGCGCAGCCGCUGCUCGCGAGCCACGUGCGCAGGCUGCAGCAGCUGGAGGAGACGCGCCUGGCCACGGUUAGGUCCCGCCCCCCUCCAU